CGCUUCCCGUCACGUGACUGAAGCCCCGCCAGUCCUCUUCCUCAGAGUCGUCCAGUCAGAGCGGGCUUCGCGAGGAAGAAGACAGGAGGGAGGGAGCCUGCCUGACUUCAAUGGGGAAGGCGUUCCAUAGACGGGGAGCCACUACUGAAAAGGCCCUGUCUCUCGUCCCCGCCAGCCGCACCUGUGAGGCUGAUGGGACUGCGAGCAGGGCCUCACCUGACGAUCUUAAGCUUCGAGGCCCCACCAGUUCUCCCAGUCCUCUCACUCUGAAUGUCAUCUGAGAGAAGAGGUGGAUGUAUCUUCAUCCAGACUGAAGGCAGCCUAGAAGCGCAGAACCAAGAUGGAAGGGGAAGAGCCAGCUGCCUCCCAGUUAGAAGUAUGUUUUUCUACUAUUGAGGAAGAGAACAAUAAAGCAUUCUGGGAGAACCCUUGGAGGAAAGACCAGGAGAGCAGUCCGCUCCAUCCAGUCCUUCAGGGCCAGUGCUUCCAGCAUUUCCGCUAUGAGGAGGCCUUGGGGCCCCGGGAGGUUUGCAGCCGCCUCCACUCUCUCUGCCGCCUGUGGCUGAAGCCAGAGCGACACUCCAAGGCGGAGAUGCUGGACCUGGUGCUCCUGGAGCAGUUCCUGGCCGUCCUUCCUGCGGAGAUGGAGCACUGGGUGAGGGAAUGUGGGGCAGAGACCAGUUCCCAGGCCGUGGCUUUGGCUGAAGGAUUCCUCCUGAGUCGGGCAGAGGAGAGGAAGCAGGAGAAGCCCCAGGUGCAGGACUCUUGUACAGAUGGGAUCAACCAGGUGGAGGAGUCUCCUUCAGACACCAUGUGCGUUGCCCAGAUUGGAGAAGGCAAAUCUAUCACAGUUGGCAGUGAAACAUGGCCAAGUGAUAGUAGCACAACUUUUCACGAUUCUUUCCUAAGAAGAGAUUCUGCGGAACCAGAUCAGGUGACUUUUGAAGAUGUGUCUGUGGAUUUCUCAGAGGAGGAGUGGGCCCUCUUGGAUCCGAGCCAAAAAGCCUUGCACCAGCAAAUCAUGGAGGAGAAUCUGGGGAUUGUGUCAUCUCUGGGAGAAAGGCCAUUGAAAUGGUUGCAGUGUAAAAAGAGCUUCAAUCAAAAGAAACGCCUUAUUCAUCAGGCAACUCACAAAAGAGAAAGGCUGUGCAAAUGCUUGCAAUGUGGAAAGAGCUUCAGUCACAAGAAUGUCCUUAUUAUUCAUCAGGCAACUCACACAGGGGAGAAGCCAUUUAAAUGCUUGCAGUGUGGAAAGAGUUUCAGUCGCAAGCACGACCUUAUUAGUCAUCAAACAACUCACACAGUAGAGAAGCCAUUUGAAUGCCUGCAGUGUGAAAAGAGCUUCAGUCUAAAGGGAAGCCUUAUUCGUCAUCAGGCCACUCACACAGGAGAGAAACCAUUCAAAUGUUUGCAGUGUGAAAAGAGCUUCAGUCGGAAAUCAUACCUUAUUCGUCAUAAGGCAUCUCACACAGGAGAGAAACCAUUUAAAUGCUUGCAGUGUAAAAAGAGCUUCAGUCAAAAGCAGCACCUUAUUACUCAUCAGGCAACUCACACAGGAGAGAAGCCAUUUCAAUGCUUUCAGUGUGAAAAGAGCUUCAGUCUAAAGGGAAACCUUAUUAGUCAUCAGGAAAUUCACAAAGGAGUGAAGCCAUUUCAAUGCUUGCAGUGUAAAAAGUGCUUUAGGCGCAAGAACAUUCUUAUUAGUCAUCAGGCAACUCACACAGGAGAGAAGCCAUUUCAAUGCUUUAAGUGUGAAAAGAGCUUCAGUCUAAAGGGAAACCUUAUUAGUCAUCAGGAAAUUCACAAAGGAGUGAAGCCAUUCAAAUGCUUGCAGUGUGAAAAAAGCUUCAGUCACAAGCACGUCCUUAUUCGUCAUCAGGCAAUUCACACAGGAGACAAGCCCUUUCAAUGUUUGCAGUGUGAAAAUUGCUUCAGUGAAAAAAGCAGUCUUAUACGUCACCAGGCAACUCACACAGGAGUGAAACCAUUUCAGUGCUUGCAGUGUGAAAAGAGCUUCAGUCAAAAGGUAAAUCUUAUUCGUCAUCAGGCCACUCACACAGGAGAGAAGCCAUUUAAAUGCUUGCAGUGUGGAAAGAGCUUCAGUCGAAACUCACACCUUGUUUGCCAUCAGGCAACUCACAAGGGAGAGUAACCAUUUAAAUGCUUGCAAUGUGAAAAGGGCUUCAGUCACAAGCACACCCUUAUAGUCAUCAAGCAACUCACACAGGAGUAAAGCCUGUUAAAGGAUAUCAGUGUGAAAAGAGCUUCAGUCACAAGCACGUCCUUAUUAGUCAUCAGGCAACUCACACAGGAGAGGAGCCAUUUAAAUGCUCAGUGUGAAAAGAGCUUCAGUCGGAAAUCACACCUUGUUUGUCAUUAAGCAACUCAAGGCGGAGUAAAACUAUCUGUUUUCCAUCUGUCGUUAGUGCUUUGAAUGCGAUUUCUUGCUUCUUGGCAGGGGUUUGGACUGGACAACCCAUGAGGUCUCUUCCAACUCUACUAUUCUACUAGAGUGUGUAAAGAUCUGCAGUUGAAACACAAGCCUUCUUUUUUAAUUGUCAACCUAUACGGAAGAAAUGGGGUAAAGUGGGCAUGAAUCUUUGUUAUAGAAACACUAAGUUAAAAAGCAAUGGCUUUUGGGGAAAAUAAUAAUCGGACCAAUAUCUCAUUAAGCAUAACUAAUAUUUUGAGAGCUAAAGGAAGGAUAUUUCAAGUUUUCUUUUAGCCAUUCAUGAACAUUGGUUACUGCAAAUAUUUCCUGUCAUUGUGAUGUCUCAUGGGCCUUGUAGUCCCGUUCCUAGUGCUAUUGUGGCAGACGAGGAGGAAAACAUGGGAUUUCCACCGGUUCAGUUUGAAACGGAGCCUCUCCACCUGGAGGAUGUUUGUCCUCAGGAAGUUACCCAAACAAGCUUUGGGCAGAAUUCUCCCCCGUUUUCCCGAAAGGACAAUUAUAAUAGAGAUAGAGGAGUCAGGGAGGCUAAUCGCCGGAGUCUCAGAAUCGCUGCCAAACAACUAGCUGAUUAAAUCUGCUUCCCUUGGGAAAUUCUAAGGAGUCAUGCAUCUGAACAGAGUUGGGUUUCGCUUCUUGUUCUCCAGGGAAAGUGUUCUGUUGGCGGGAAAACAAGACCCUAUAUAGGGGUUCAAUUGAUCAGCUUGAGAGAGAGAUCGUGUGUGGACUUCGUACUCCUUGUUCCCUGCUUCCCGGAUCUAGUUUCAAGUCUUGCCUUGUCUCACUUUUGCCACGGACCUUGUUUCAUGCUUCAAGUUGCCACGUUUCAAGUCUUUGAUCCAGCCAAGAAUCAAGCUUCAAUGGACUAAAAGACCUUGUCAUCUCCCCACACUAUUGCUUGGCAAAGUGUGUGUUUCGGUUAAUGGAUUAUAACUUUGAACUCUAAUAUCUUAUAUUGGACAAUAUUUUCCUGGACUAUAUUUGGCCUUUCCUGAAAGGUCUGCUUCUGAACUAUAUUCUUCACUUGUUUUUAUUGACUUUAUAUAAUUCUUUAAUAAAGAUAUUAGAUAGAAUCUGGUCUCUGCGCAUGGUUAUUGGUGCUCUGCAGCCUGGGUCCUGACAGUCAUGUAUAUUCAGGGUUACUUUUGGACUUUACCUGGACAUUGCAACACAAUACUUCCAUUCAGGUGGGGAAAUCACCUCUCCCUAUCCUUGGGGAAGAACCAGUUUCACCACCCUGCGCCUUUGAUGAACAGGACUUCUCGCAUCAGAAGGAAUCUGCAUGACUACAGCCAAACCCCAACCUCUGUCAUUUUGCAUAAUUGUAUUAAUAUAUUAUGUUUUGUUUCUCUGGGGCCUGGAAUCACCAGCCCAGCCCUAUUAAUGGGCCAUGUCAUGUACAUCUAAUAAGACAAUAGCAUUCCUGGGUAGGGCCAGAAAAUGCCCUCAAUCACUUUGUUAUUUUUCCUGUUCAGUAAAAGGAGCCCCAUUCAUCAAUGCUUAAUCAUCCCUUGUCCCAGCCCAUGCUGGCCAGUGAGCCAAGCCCCUCUCUGUGACUGGUCAGAAUUCAAGGCUUGGCUGCAGGCUAUGUAUAAAAAGGGCUCUGAAACUGUAUUCUGUAUGCUAUCUACUUUAUGAAUGUAUCACUAGCUAACAUCUUACCUGCAGAUAAUAACAUUUUCCUUGGCUGAAAAUCACCUUCUCUCCUUGCUUGCUGGCUAAUUUCAGUUGGGCCUAAUCUAUUUGCUCACCAAAGCAGGGACUCACUCAAAAUGGGCAGCUCAGGUGGAUCACUUGCCUGGGUUUCUGCCAACAGGCUUCUCCCUGGUCUCACUGCCAGGGGUUGCCUCCUAAAAUGGGGCCAACAAGUAUCUUAGGUGAUCCCUCGUAGCUCGAGGACGAUUGUCUUCCAUCCUUGGUGUCUUGGGGGUGGGUUCUUAAGUGGCUGAAGAGACCUAUUCUUGACCCGCAUUCUCCCGCAGUGAGAACAUCGGUUUCCAGGUGGAAGGCGGUCCCAGUCGGGGUUAGCUUGACGCUCCUUCCUCUUGGCACGUUUCUCCCUUGAGCCCUCUGUUCGUGCCUCUUCGAACUCCGCAGCACUGCUGGUCACAGCUGACCUCCAAUUAGAGCGCUCAAGGGCCAGGGCUUCCCAGUUCUCAGUGUCUAUGCCACAGUUUUUAAGGUUGGCUUUGAGCCCAUCUUUAAAUCUCUUUUCCUGCCCACCAACAUUCCAUUUCCCAUUCUUGAGUUCAGAGUAGAGUAGCUGCUUUGGGAGACGGUGAUCGGGCAUUCGGACAACGUGGCCAGUCUAGCGGAGUUGAUGGCGUAGGAGCAUCGCUUCAAUGCUGGUGGUCUUUGCUUCUUCCAGCACGCUGACAUUUGUCCACCUGUCUUCCCAAGAGAUUUGCAGGAUUUUCCCGAGGCAACGCUGAUGGAAACGCUCCAGGAGUUUGGUGUGACGUCUGUAGACAGUCCACGUUUCGCAGGCGUAGAGCAGGGUUGGGAGGACAAUGGCUUUGUAAACAAGCACCUUGGUCUCUCUAGGGAUGUCCCGGUCAUCAAACACUCUCUGCUACCUACGGAAAAAUGCUGCACUCGCAGAGCUCAGGCGGUGUUGUAUUUCAGUGUCAAUGUUGACUUUUGUGGAGAGGUGGCUGCCAAGGUAGCGGAAAUGGUCAACAUUAUCUAAUGUGACACCGUUAAACUAUAAUCCUGGCAUUGCAGAGGGAUUAGCUGGUGCCUGUUGGAAGAGCACUUUGGUUUUCUCGAUGUUCAGUGAGAGGCCGAGCUUCUCGUAUGCUUCUGCAAAGGUGUUUAGAGUGGCUUGUAGGUCUUCUUUUGAAUUCGCACAGACUACGUUGUCAUCGGCAUAUUGGAGUUCUAUAACAGAUGUUGUGGUGACCUUGGUUUUUUGGCUUUCAGUCUGCUGAGGUUAAAUAGCUUGCCAUCUGUCCGAUAGAUGAUUUCCACACCAGUGGGAAGCUUCCCAUCAACAAGGUGAAGUAUCAUAGCGAUGAAGAUGGAGAAUAAGGUAGGGGCAAUAACACAUCCCUGCUUGACACCUGAUUCCACCUUAAAUGGGUCACUUUGGGAGCCGUUGCUGUCCAAGACUGUUGCCAUCAUGUCAUCAUGGAGGAGCCGCAGGAUGUUCACAAAUUUGUCAGGGCACCCGAAUUUUUGGAGGAUGGUCCAGAGAGCGCUGCGAUUCACUGUGUCGAAUGCCUUUGCAAGGUCAAUGAAUGCCAUGUACAAAGGUUUGUUUUGUUCCCUGCAUUUUUCUUGGAGCUGUCGAGCAGUGAAGAUCAUGUCCACUGUUCCUCUGGAGGGACGGAAGCCAUUCUGGGAUUCUGGGAGGGUGUCUUCUGAGACAGGGAGAAGGCGGUUUGCAAGGAUUUUCCCGGCGGAGGUUAGAAGGGAGAUACCACGAUAGUUCCCGCAGUCUGUUCUGUCCCCUUUCUUGAAAAGGGUGAUGAUGGUGGCAUCCUUGAAGUCUGCUGGGAUUUUCUCGGUCAUCCACACUUUUUCAAUGAGCUGGUGGAGUUGUUGUAUCAGCUCGGGUCCACCCUCUUUGAAGAUUUCAGCAGGAAUCCCAUCAGGUCCGCUGGCUUUGUUGUUUUUUUGUUGGCUGAUGGCAUUGCUGACGUCUUCCAAACUAGGCAGUGCUGCAAGCUCAUCCCUGGUUUGUUUUUGCGGGAUUUAUGAGAGGGUCUCUUCGGCCACAUUGGAGCUGCGAUUCAGCAGGUUCUGGUAGUGCUCUUUCCAACGUAGUGCAAUUGAUGUUUUGUCCUUCAGAAUUUUGGUUCCAUCUGAUGAGCGUAGGGGCUGUAUGCCAUGGUUUCUUGGUCCAUAAAUGAUAUUUGUGGCUUUGAAAAAUCUCUGAGCGUCAUGGGUAUCUGCAAGGUGUUGGAUUUCUUCAGCCUUCUUUGUCCACCAGAUGUUCUUGAGUUCUCUGGUCCUUCUUUGGACCUCAGCUUUUGCACUGGCAUAGAUCUUUUUCUUGGCAGCACAGUUGGUGUCUCUCUGCCAUGUUUGGAAGGCUUUCCUUUUGUUAUCAAUUAGCUGUUGGAUCUCUGUCGUUAUCAUCAAACCAGUCUUGAUGUUUCUUAGUUUGGUAUCCAAUGGUUUCUUCACAGGCUGUGAUGAUGGAGGUCUUCAGUUUGUUCCAAUGUUCCUCAACAUUUUUGGGGUGUUCUGUGGGUAGAUGAUCUUUGAGUGUUGUUUGGAGAAGGGCUCGUUUGGAAGUCUCCUGAAGGCCUUGGGUGUUCAUUUUGCGCCUUGUUUUUCUUCCUUGGAGUCUGCGUUUGGGGACGAUCUUGAUAGCCAUCGUGGAUCGGAUUAACCUGUGGUCUGUCCAGCAGUCAUCAGCACCUGUCAUGGCUCUUGUGAGAAGCACAUCGCGGCGGUCUCUGGCACGUGCGAUAACAUAGUCCAAGAGGUUCCAAUGCUUUGACCGGGGGUGCUUCCAUGAUGUCCUGAGCUUGUUUUUCUGGCGGAAGAGCGUGUUGGUGAUGACAAGGUUGUGCUCUCCGCCUUUGGUGAGAAGCAAGAUGCCAUUCGAGUUGCUGUUUCCGACCCCGUCUUUUCCUAUUAUCCCUGGCCACAGGUCAGAGUCCCUUCCGACUCUUGCAUUAAAGUCCCCCAGGAGGAUGAUUUUGUCCUCCUUAGGUAUCUCCGAUAGGAUGGUGUCCAGCUGACAGUAAAAAAUUUCCUUGAUGUCUUCGUCAGCAUCUAGAGUUGGUGCAAAGGCGCAUAUGAUGGUUGCCUGUUGGUUUUUGGCAAGGUUAAUUCGGAGGGUUGAGAGUCGUUCGUUGAUGCCAGUGGGUGCUUCAGUCAGGUGCUUCACCAGGUCGUUUCUUCGCUCUUCUUCAGGCAGUCAUAGAAUCAUAGAAUAGUAGAGUUGGAAGAGACCACAUGGGCCAUCCAGUCCAACCCCCUGCUAAGAAGCAGGAAAUCGCAUUCAAAGCACCCCUGACAGAUGGCCAUCCAGCCUCUGCUUAAAAGCCUCCAAAGAAGGAGCCUCCACCAUGGCCCCGGGGAGAGAGUUCCACUGUCGAACAGCUCUCACAGUGAGGAAGUUCUUCCUGAUGUUCAAGUGGAAUCUCCUUUCCUGUAGUUUGUAGUCAGUCCCUUCCAGAAGAAGGUGUAGCCUCCCUUUUCUUCCUUCAGCUGUCCCUCUCCUGCUCUCCGGAUCUCCUGAAGGGCUGCUAUGUCGAUCUUAAAGCGUCCCAGCUCCCUUGCAAUGAUAGCAGUCCUGCGUUUGGGCGUUCGCUGUCAGUGUUAUCUAACAAUGUCCGUACGUUCCAUGUUCCAAAGUUCAUUUUUCUUUUUUGGCCGCAGAGUGGUGACCCCUCUGGACGCGGCAGUCCAGUCAGGGUAGGAGAGGCAGACUAUGUUUAGGGCACCUUUUCUAGCCCCUUCCCCGUGUGGGUGAGCAGAGCGGAUCCUAAAAAGGGCUGCUCAGUCAUGGAUACAGCUGCCGGACUACUCAACUGCCUCGGUCCUUGAGGUAGAACGACUGAGUCCAUAUCCACUGCCCAUGUGCCAGUCUCUGACUAGGGGCUUCCAGAUUUCACAGUCCUGCCCCCGUCGCCACUCGCUGAUCGCCAUGGGGCUUUUGUAGGUUUGUUUUUAUUUUUGUUGGAAGACGCCUGUGUGUGAUUUUUUUUAAUGUGUGGAGGUCGGUGCACAGCCGGUCAACACACAGUCUUCACAGAGUGAGGUUCUGUGAUGACUCAUGGGCCUUGUAGUCCUGUUCCUAGUACUAUUGUGGCAGACGAAGAGGAAAACAUGGGAUUUUCGCCGGUUCAGCAAGAGCCGGAGCCUCUUCACCUGCAGGAUGUUGACGUUUGCCCUCAAGAAUUCAGUCAAACAGGCCUUGGGCAGAGCUCCCCCCGUUUUCCAGGAGGGAAAAUUAUACUAAAGAUAGGGGAGUCAGGGAGGCUAAUCGCAGAAGCCUGAGAAUCGCUGCCAAACAAAUGGCUGAUUAGGUCUGCUUCCCUUGGGAAAUUCUAAGGAGUCAUGCAUCUGGACAGAGUUGGGUUUCGCUUCUCGUUCUCUAGGGAAAGAGUUCUGUUGGCGGGAAAACGAGACCCAAUAUAGGUGUUUGGCGCAACGAAUACUUUGCGGAGUCAAUUGAUCAGCUUGAGGAGAGAGAUUGUGUGUGGACUUCGUAAUCCCAGUUCCUUGCUUCCCGGAUCAAGCUUCAAGCCUUUGCCUUGUCUCACGGUUUUGCCACGGACUUUGUUUCAUGCUUCAUGUUUGUCUCGUUUUAAGUCUCGGAUCAAGUCAAGAAUCAAGUUUAUUUCCAGCCUUGUUGUCAAGCUUCAUUGGACUUUAAAGACUCUGUUAUUUCCCCACACUAUUGUUUGGCAAAGUGUGUGUUUCGGUCAAGUGGAUUAAAACUUUGAACUCUAAUAUCUUAUAUUGGACAAUACAUUUCUGGACUAUAUUUGACCUCAUCUGAAAGGUCUGCUUCUGAACUUUAUUCUUCACUUGUUUUUAUUGAUUUUAUAUAUUUCUUUAAUAAAGAUAUUAGAUAGAGA